CUCCCAACGCUAAGUCACACGUCAGCUGCACCUAAUUAAUUUGAGCUUGUUGGCACGUCCGUCCGCACACGUGAACCUUCUGCUUUGGAAUCUCUCGUGUUCCCUGGCUGGCUUUCCGUACGCCGCUCAUAUGCUCCUGUGAGUAUGUGGCCGGUGAGUAGUGAGUAGCUAGUGAUGCAGAACUCGCUAGUGAAGCCGCUUGGUUCAAGAAUGGCGCGGGGGGCGCCGAGGCCGGCGGCCGUGCUGCUUCUGCUCGCCGGCGUUGUCGCGGUUCUAAUGCUGAACGCUGCGGAGUCCCGCAUCCUCCUCACGCUCGACGACUUCGGCGCCGUCGGCGACGGCAUUGCCAACGAUACCAAGGCCUUCGAGGACGUUUGGAAGGCGGCGUGCGCCGCCGGCGACAACACCAUCCUCAACGUGCCCGCCGGCAAGACCUACCAGAUCUGGCCGGUGACGCUCUCCGGUCCCUGCAGUAGCGAGAUCAAGCUGUUCAUUUCUGGGAACAUCGUUGCGCCGGAGAGCCCCGACGACUGGGGGAGCAGCGACCGCCGCCAGUGGCUCCACUUCUACAAGGUGCAGGAGCUGAAGGUGACCGGCGGCGGCAUCAUCGACGGCAGGGGGCAGCAGUGGUGGGCGCAGUCGUCGUGCAAGGGGAAGCUCCACAACCACAAGAACAAGCGUUGCACCCCGCAGCCUGCUCCCAAGGCGGUUCACUUCGAGGAUUGCCAUGGGAUCAGUGUGAAGGGCAUCACCCUGCAGAACAGCCAGCAGUACCACCUGACGUUCACCCGGUGCUCGAACGUCGAGGCGAAUUACCUGAGGGUGACCUCGCCGGAGGACAGCCCCAACACCAACGGCGUCCACCUCGUUGACUCGUACAAUGUUCACGUCAAGGAUAACCUCAUCUCCACAGGUGACGAUUGCGUCUCGAUCGUGGGCAAUUGCACAGAUGUUCGUCUCAGAGCUAUCUCAUGUGGACCUGGCCACGGCAUCAGUAUCGGAACCUUAGGAGAAAACAAUUCUGUUGAUUACGUGGAGAAGAUCAAAGUCGACACCUUGUUCAUCUCAAAUGCCGAAAACGGUGUACGCGUCAGGACCACGAAGAGCGGCGGCGGUUUCGCCCGCAAGGUGAAGUUCGAGAGCAUCGUGAUGAGGAACGUCACGAACCCCAUCAUCAUCGAUCAGGAACGCUCCGACCAUCUGGAAGAUUCGUCUGAAGCGCCGGCAGCAGCGCGGGCGGUGCAGGUGGAGAAGAUCAACUACAUCGACAUCAGGGGCACGUCGGCGUCGGAGCACGCGGUCACGUUCUCGUGCAGCGACGCCGCGCCGUGCAGGCGCCUGUCGCUGACCAACCUGAACCUGACCCGGGUGGACGGGCACAAGGCGUCCUCCUACUGCCGCAAGGCGUUCGGGAGGAGCAUCGGCACUGUCAUCCCGGAGUCCUGCCUCUCCAAGGAGGACUUCGUCCAGCAAGUCCCAGGGCGUUCGGAGGAAGACGACGACGACGAUUCAGAUUCGUGAAGAUCUGGCAGUCCUUUCCUAGGUCUAGUCAUCUAGUGCAGGUUUCUGUGUGAACUGAAGAACCAUGUUGCCGUCAACUUUGGACUUUUUUUUUUUGUAAUCCAGUACACUAUCAGCUAAGUAUAUCUUUUCGUGAUUAAUGAAGCUAAAUUACCAUUUC